AGAUUGGGAAGUAAGGCCCAUCAGUGUAAAUUGUUCAAAUAGUAUCACAGGCCAAGAGAAGGCCCUUCCGACCAGUUUGUACUCUUUCUGAUUCCGUAUCAGGAAGAUCCAAUCUGCUAUCGCUGUUGGUGGGUUUUGAGCCAUCAGCAACGAAAGAAACGAACGCAAAAAGUUUUGCUUCCGAAUAACAGGUCUGCCCGAAAGGUCGGGCGGUCGCACGUCUUCUUCUCACGGUCGGUAGUACACUCGGGGCUCUCUGCUAUCAUUAGUAGAUGUGAUGGCGGCGCGAUCUCCACGUCCGCUACCUCGCCCGCCCGGCGCAGCCCACGACGGUCAUCCGACAAAUAGCGAUCUAAUGCCACUAAUGGCAGGUUCCCCUCGUCCAUGUCCAACUCACUGCCCUCCGCCUUCGAUGCCAACGCUCCCAGUCGGAACCAUCCUACACAAGGGAUUCUAUGAUCUGUUGGCUAUGAUUCCAACGCCCUCUUCGUCGGGCCGGCUUUGGGGCUCGGCUAGCAUUCAGUAUUUGUCGAAGCCCGUGACUGGCCCGAGGUACGAGGAGAUCAGUCCAAGGAAUAACACAUGUUUUAGCCAAGUGCCACCAUCCCCUUCUCCUUUGAAGAAGGCGAGGAAGAUCAGCAAGGACAUGGUCUCUCACCCUGCCGGUUUCGUGCACCUUGUUCACGCUUCUGAUGCUGAUCAGGCAGAAGCCCUGCUCACUCGAUGGAGUCCAGACGGCAUUGGGAAGCUGGGAGAUCCACGGUGGGCUUGUCCCAUUAAAGCUCGUGUGAGACAGAUUAACCAGGCCAAGGCGAUAAACGAGGUGGUGAAUGCCUUGAAGCCUUCAGUCGACAGUACCACUGGCGACCAACGGUCUCCUUUACGAGUAGUCAAUGACACCAGCACAAAUUCAGCACUGACUACUGCUGCCGUGGAAAACGUUCACAUUAGUCUUACAGAAAAUCUUCUUGAUAUUCCUGGGACCUCCACCAGUCUGUGUAGUGGUAUAUUCCAAGCACACUCGAAAGUCGUUGAACGGGGAGGUGUGGACCCUACCACCGUUGAAAAUUUGUUUCCUUGCAAUUAUCGCAGGCGGCAAAUCACUCCAUCGUUGGCCACCUUGGAAAAAGCUGUAUCUGCCCGGAUUUACUUCGAAAAUCUCUACUUUCCCCUCCUUAGGCAACCUCCUUCACGGGAACAGAGAAGGGUCGCCAUGGAGAAAGACAUGAUUGCCAUGAAUCUUAGUGAGGAAGAAAAAGAACGACUGCGCAUGAAAUGGCGUCAAAACGAAACCGACUACCUUCGCGAACGUCGAAGAAAGGUUGAUGCUACAGCAUUUAUCAAACUCAAGACCAUUGGUCAUGGUGCCUUUGGAGUUGUAUCCUUGAUCAAGGAACGUGCGACGGGACAGCUGUUUGCGAUGAAACAGUUACGCAAAACGGACAUGUUACGAAAAGGGCAAGAAGGUCAUAUCCGUGCUGAGCGUGAUAUUCUUAAAUCUGCGUCCUUGGUUCCUUCUCCUGGUGGAGCGGAGUGGAUCGUCAAAUUGUACUACAGCUUCCAAGACCGUGACAACUUGUAUCUGAUACUCGAGUACAUGGGAGGUGGAGAUCUCCUCAAUCUUCUGAUAGAGCGGGACGUAUUCGACGAAGACUUCACCCGUUUCUAUGUGGCCGAGAUGGUCCUAGCUAUCGAGUCAUGCCACAGACACGGCUUCAUUCAUCGUGACAUUAAACCUGAUAACUUCUUGUUUGAUCCAGAAGGUCACAUCCGCCUGAGCGACUUUGGACUUGCCACUGACCUUCAUUGGGCACAUGAUACUUUAUAUUAUGAGCAACAACGACGGCAUCUUUUGCGUACAUAUGGAAUCGAUCUUGACGAUGGUAGCAGCCCGCUCGAUGGAACGAAGACCAAGCGCAUGGACAAGAAAGAAAUCAAACUGCUUAUGGACGGCGGCGAUGGCCAGGGCGGUAUUUUUACUUGGCGCGAAAAGAACCGUAGGAAGUUAGCGUACUCCGUGUGUGGGACCAAUUCGUAUAUGUCUCCCGAAGUUAUCAGGGGGAGUGGCUACUCUUUCUCCUGUGACUGGUGGAGUUUAGGUGUGAUUAUGUUCGAAUGCCUGUAUGGGUACCCCCCGUUCGUUAGUCGUUCUCGGCACGUCACUCGCCAAAAAAUUCUCAAUUGGAAGGAUACGCUCAAAUUCCCCCCCCGUCCUCAUGUUUCGCAUGAGGGUAUCAAUUUGAUGCGACAGCUGCUCUGUGAACCGGAAGACCGUUUGGGGAGUCAAAGUACAGCAUCCGUGUUUCGACUGGAUACCCAUGCAACACACGCACGCCGCAGCGGCUUCCUGUCACCUCCCUCACAUACUGGGGACGGUGCACAGCUCAUCAAGGCACAUCCCUGGUUCAGAGGUAUUGAUUGGGAAAGUAUUCACAAAUAUCCUGCCCCCUACCGUCCAGAACUAUCAGAUCCAGAGGAUACUAGACAUUUUGAUUCCGAAAUACCACCCGAGCCGUUAGCUCCUGUAAGCGGUGUGCUCGCAGAUGCCACCAAAGACCCACUUCUGCGAGAUAGAAUUCAUGGCGAAGAAAUUUUAAAUGUACGGAAGGCCCUCGCGUUUGCGGGCUUUACACACAAGAGCCCCCGCGCGAUCACCUAUACCCGUGCAGAUCGAGCUUUUGAGUCGCCAGCAGACGGCAGUAGACGAGAACCACAUGGAAGGGGCCGUUCUAGAUUUCGCAAUGUGCGCGUCUCAAGCACGGGCCGUGCUAUCUCGCUGUAGCCUGGGAAAGGCGUGUAGGGGGGCCCUAUUCUUUUCCGUGGAGGUGCGUUUUCGACGGUUCCCUUGCGGCAGUGGCGUACGAAGAGAGUAGCGUCCUUGCCAAAACACGGAGGUCGUGACGACAUGGUUUGCGGACAUGUACUUCUAAUGUGCGCUUGUAGGGGCUGUGAUCGAUUGAUCCUUCUUCCUUGUAUGAUGUAUGUUGUAAUAACACAUGUGUCCUGCGAGUGCGUGCGUCGGGCUUUCUCUGGGGGUGACAGUCCGGUUUGGUGCAACAAUCCUGGACAUAAUGCAGCAUCCCAAAAUUCCG